CAAUGAUUGGUGCUGCUGCGUCAUCAGAAGCAGUCUCACGCAUGCGUCUCUGUGAGCUUAAGCGGUCGAAGUGUCAGCAGCUAGCUACAGGCAGUGGCAAAAGAAAACCAGCUACAGUCCAGUGCUAGCCCCGACCACAGCAAGGACACAGGGCACAUGAACAGUAGAAUGGCUGCGUCUUCGAGCAGGGUAAUGCUGGGGCCACUCGUUGCUGCCAUCGACCAGGGAACGAGCUCGACGCGGUUCCUGGUGUUCAAUGCUAAAACAGCCGAGCUCCUCAGUCACCACCAGGUUGAGAUCAACCAGAGUUUCCCCAAGGAAGGGUGGGUGGAGGAGGAUCCCAAAGAGAUCCUGCAGUCUGUGUACGAGUGUAUGGAGAGAACCUGUGAGAAACUCACCCAGCUCAACAUUGACAUCUCCAACAUCAAAGCCAUUGGAGUGACCAAUCAGAGAGAGACCACGUUGGUUUGGGACAAAGAGACAGGCGAGCCCCUCUACAAUGCUAUCGUGUGGCUGGACCUGCGGACCCAGUCGACCGUGGAGCGUCUGAUCAACAAGACACCUGGGAGAAACAAGAACCAUUUGAAGCACAAGACUGGUCUCCCAAUCAGUACGUACUUCAGUGCUGUGAAGCUUCGCUGGCUGAUGGAUAAUGUGGACGAGGUCGCUGAGGCAGUCCUGACACACAGAGCCAUGUUCGGCACCAUCGACUCCUGGCUCAUCUGGUGUCUGACAGGGGGGAAGAGUGGGGGAGUCCACUGCACAGACGUGACCAACGCCAGCAGGACCAUGCUGUUUAACAUCCACACCCUGGACUGGGACCCAGAGCUCUGCAAGUAUUUUGAUAUUCCAAUGGAGAUUCUCCCAAAAGUGAGGAGUUCCUCAGAAAUCUACGGCUUAAUGAAAUCGGGCUCUCUUAGUGGCAUACCCAUCUCAGGGUGUCUUGGGGACCAAUCGGCUGCUCUUGUUGGACAGAUGUGCUUUCAGGAAGGGCAGGCCAAAAACACAUAUGGAACUGGCUGCUUUCUACUCAGAAACACUGGAGCCAAGCCUGUCAUGUCGGAGCAUGGCCUACUAACCACGGUGGCGUACAAACUAGGUCGGGACAAACCUGCCUGCUACGCACUAGAGGGCUCAGUGGCCAUAGCGGGGGCUGUGGUUCGCUGGCUGAAGGACAACCUGGGGAUCAUUCAGACUUCCACAGAGCUGGAGAAACUGGCGGCUUCAGUGGGCACGUCGUACGGUUGUUACUUUGUCCCGGCGUUCUCUGGUCUGUACGCCCCCUACUGGGAGCCCAGUGCACGAGGGAUAAUCUGUGGUCUGACUCAGUUCACUAACAAGAGUCACCUGGCCUUCGCUGCAUUGGAAGCUGUCUGCUUUCAGACUCGAGAGAUCCUGGAUGCGAUGAACCAGGACAGUGGCAUCCCUCUGACCCAGCUCCAGGUGGACGGGGGCAUGACCUCCAACAGACUACUGAUGCAGCUACAAGCUGAUAUACUCUGCAUCCCCGUUGUGAAGCCCUCCAUGCCUGAGACUACUGCCCUGGGGGCGGCCAUGGCUGCGGGGGCAGCAGAGGGGGUCAGUGUCUGGAGCCUGCGUCCUGAGGACCUCAGUGAGGUCACCUCUGAGAAGUUUGAGCCACAAAUCAACCCUGAAGAGAGUGAGUUUCGAUAUGCUCGCUGGAAGAAGGCCGUACAGAGAGCCAUGAACUGGGAAACCACUGAACCCAUCUCUAAUGGAAAUGGUGAAACUAGUAUCUUCAGUAGUGUCCCACUGGGCUUUUACAUUCUGGGUAGCAUGUUAAUGUUAAUUGGAGCAAAAUACAUCGCAGGCCACAAGUAGACUGUGGCCCGUGAUGCAUUGCAGUGGAUCAGAAGGGGCGGGUCCAGGAAAGGACACAUCCUGCUUUCUUCAGUUUUACCGGACCACUCCCUCCCCGUACCUUUGGUUGAAUGGCCAAAACAAACAUUCCAUGUCAACGCUCCAAUCCAACCGUUACCUGGAAACCCAACUGUUGGCCUGGAGCCUAGUGGCUGAUGGGAACUGUAGUGUGGAAUGGACCCAGUAUGAAUAAAUCUGGUGUUUAGGAAUGAUGUUGCUCUAGAUCCUAAUGGACACUGCUCUUCUUGUGUGACUGAGUGAAUGGGCGGUGUAGUGACUGUGAAUAUGGGUUGUGUAUGCAAUAUCUAUCCAUGUCAUUUUUGGUUCCUUAUUUUUGUCAAUGAUCAGUCUGUCGAAGGAUAUUCACUAAUGUAGUGCUAUUCACGGAACACCAAAUUCUUAUCUAAUCCAAAAACACAAUCUGUCAAUUGUGACAUUGCCCUGCUGUCACGGUCACACAUCCCUCUCUUCACUGUCGUGCUUGAAUGAGUUCUCCCAACGUUAUCUUGGAAAGGUAGCCUGAUGUUGGUAAGGGCCUCACAAUGAACUGCAAUGUGGGUUUCUGGAGCACUUUUUAGAUUUUGUUCUGGGUUUGUCUAGUAUGUAAAUGGUCUGAGAGAGAAACCCUUUUCUAACCCUGUUGAACCCACUGCCUGCUGAGACCGUUUGGGUUGGAGAACUUGAAUUUCAUGGCCCCAAGAAAUGGUAAUGCAGGGUUAUUGUAAAGGACUAGUCUUUGUGUAAAGAAAGUUUAGGUUACUUUUAUAAGUUGCCAUGUAUAUAGACAGACUGUUUAAGGAUGUAGUUGCCCCUAUGCACUGAUCUGGGGGUGGUUAGUGUUCCCCCCUAUGGAGGACUGGGGUAAGGUAAGCUGAUCCUAGAUCUGUGCUCUGGGGCAACUUAACUUCUAAGUGAGGGUUUGUCCCAUAUGGUACACUGUUCUCUAUGUAGAGUAUAACCUUUGACCUGGACCCAUUUGGGACGCAAGCCUGAGUAAGGGACCCAUUGUUUAUCUAUGAUUUAAUGUACCAAAAAGAAGUGACUCUCUGGCAACUGAAUACUGCUGUAAAUUUGGCCAAUGGAUGUCUUUGAAUGCAUUGUCCAGAGUAAGCAAAAUUGAUAUAAAAGGUUUCAGUUUGGAAGACACCAGACAUUAAAGGCAGAAUUCAAUCCAUAUCUUGGAAGAUAUGCUGGAUUGAAAUUUAAAGGCAAUGUUCAGAGACUGCAUUCACGGUAUACGUUGACUCAAUCGCUAAUUACCUUUACAUUUUGACACGGACCUUCCGCGAUACGGAUUGAAUCCAGCACAGUUCUUGCAUCUGACUACUGAUUCGAGUCUUCCUUUAAAUAUACAUGCAAGUAAUUGAAAUUCUUACCCGUUUAAUAUGAAGUCAAAUGGAGACCAGUAUUGUUCUGAAAGGAACUUUCAAGCCACUCGAGGGUCAAUUGAUUACUAUUGUCAUCAGGUAUGAUUUUGCAUCUAGCUGACCCCUGUACUGUGGAUAUGUAUAUUUCUCAUGUGGUGUAUAUUAUGAGAUGAACAACCAGUUGUCCAAAUGUCAGCCUGUACAGACCUGCAUAUCAGGGUUAGGAAAAUGACAUUCAUUUUGAAAAAUACUGCUGAUUUUGAAAUAAAAUUGUUUAUUUUAGUA